AAGCCCGUUAGCCGGCCAGUUAGCGAGCAACGUCGAAGGAACGGUCAACUGGCAAUCACACGGCUCGUCUGACGCCGCAACCCUACGGUCGUAAGCGAGGGUGCCUCCGAGAAUGACAGCUACGACGAGCUUCGGCCGCCUCUACGUCGCCCUUGAUGUGUUGGCCCUGUUCGUACUGCUACUGCUGCCACAAUCUCUGGCCUCUUCGAUAGACCAAAUGGAGCUGGAUUUUGCGAACAAACACUGCAAGAAGAUCGACCUGCCGCACAUCUAUCGUAAGCCUGGCGAGCCCGUCUACUUCUCCAUGGAAGGCUCGUACGAUCACUUCUACUACUGCAAGAAACAGAGAGCUACGCGCGUAGACUGCACUCCGGACCUCAUGGACCAGAUAUGCACGAUGCUCGCAAAGCAGAAACUUAGAGAUUCCUUCUGAAGUAAAAAAACGACGCGGUGUUCGGCAUGCCACUGAUGAAGGCAUCUGGCGUCAGACCUAAUAGGUUGUAUUAAGUAAUAAAAACAUAAUCGUUACAUCCU